GGAUGCCAUUCGCAGUUAGUUCAGUAGCGUGGAUGGAGAAUAACGCGUGGCUGGAGGAACAAUUGAAAAAUGGAUAAGAUAAUACAACAAAAGGAUGAUCAAAUUAUGGACCUGCAGGCUCAAUUAUUGCAACAGCACAAAAUAUUAGAUAACAGCAAAGCUAAGGAUGCUCAAAGUUUGAGUCUACAAGCUCAGCUAGGGGAAAAGAACAAAUUGGAAUGGAACAGUUUCCAAACAGUGAAGGAGGUUUUUCCAAACUCAAACCUAACUGAACAUGAGGAUGAAUUGGCAUUAGGCGAACACAUUCAGAUAUUCAGUCUACCACCUGACAGUGUGUUAAAUUUAAAUUCUGUUAGUGCUGCACAAAAAGAAUGGUUAGUAAUAAGCCCAUGCAGUGAAGGAAGUGAACAAUUGUGGGACCGUAUUUGGGCCGAAAAUGGGUGUGGUACGGAAACCAAGAUAUGGCACAAGUUCAACAUGAAACAUGGAUUAGAAUUUAAUGGGGGAUCAAAUCAAGUCUGGAAGUGUUACAGGAUGGAAGAGUCAGCCUACAGAUGAAAAAACACAGAGUGCAUUACCAUUAAGUACAACAGCAAUCCUUUAUAGUUCUGUCACAGCUAGAAGCCUCAAAUAAUUCUGCUUCUCUGUCUAAAGAACAACUUGUCCUUUACGUUCAGAGUGUUGGGGAAACUGGGUACUUAAAUGGCCCUAAAGAUGUUUUAAUUUUGCUGCUAUUGCAGAGAUGAACAUCAUACAUGGACUCUUUAGGUCUUAUCUACCAAAAAAAAUUUUAUCCAAUAGGAAAGGAUUUUCAUGUACUGGGAACACAACUAUCUACAAUGCAACAUUCUACAGGUGCUAGUUUAUCAUUCAAGAGCCUUAUACAAUGAAGUUAAUCUGCAAUUUGUAUGUCCUUUCCCAAGCUUCCACCAGAAGUUGAAUCUGUGAGUCAUGUAAGUUCC